UCUCCCGUCAAUAACGUCACGGUGGUUGGGUUUUGUCCUCAAAUCGCGCGAGAUCUCCUCUAUUGCUGAGUUGUCCCCGCACGAGACAAUCCAGCGAGGCGUUCAGCAGAGGACUCCCCGGCUAAGCUCUCCUAUAUAUAUUGAUGGAUAUAUCCCAGCUGGAGGAGUCUAGCUAACAGAAAAGUGUCCGUAAUCACAAUUAUAGCAACACACGGAUAUUUGACAACUUCAUCUGAAUCAUGGGGAACAUUUUCGGGAAUUUGCUGAAGAGCCUCAUAGGGAAGAAGGAGAUGAGGAUCUUGAUGGUGGGGCUCGAUGCUGCAGGAAAAACAACAAUCCUCUACAAGCUCAAACUGGGCGAAAUAGUCACCACCAUCCCAACCAUCGGGUUUAACGUGGAGACGGUGGAGUACAAGAACAUCAGCUUCACUGUUUGGGAUGUGGGCGGGCAGGACAAGAUUCGUCCUCUGUGGAGACACUAUUUCCAGAACACACAGGGUCUAAUCUUUGUGGUGGACAGUAACGACAGAGAGCGUGUAAACGAAGCGCGAGAGGAGCUGAUGAGGAUGCUGGCUGAGGACGAGCUGAGAGACGCAGUCCUGCUUGUGUUUGCCAACAAACAGGACUUACCCAACGCCAUGAACGCUGCUGAGCUCACAGACAAGCUGGGUUUACACUCGCUGCGCCACCGCAACUGGUACAUCCAAGCCACCUGCGCCACCAGCGGCGACGGCCUCUAUGAGGGUCUCGAUUGGCUGGCCAAUCAGCUCAAGAACAAGAAGUGAGAAGAAGACUCGAAGAAAGGAGCCGUCCAACUUUUUACCUGUUUGGGAAAUUGGGGGCGGGGGUCAGGUACAGGGGGUUUUGAAGAAUAGGCCAGAUUCUGGGAUUGUUGGAGAUUUUGAGCUUUCAUUUUGUUGUCCGUGGAGGUUCUCUAUUUAAAAGCAGAAUUUUAUACACUUCAUAUUCAACCGCUCACACACACAAAUGCGCACACAAAAACACACACAAACAAAUGCAAACUAAAUGUAGGCAUUCACAGCAAAUAUUUUUCCGGUGUCCACCCCUUGUUCUUAGGUGCCACGUACUGUAUGUCCAUAAGUGCUGUACCAAGUUGUGUGCGACUCCACUGAGUCAGCAAUGAGUUAAAUGUGACUUUUUGUGUGUCUUUUUCAACUGUCGGUACUUCGUACAAAGAACUAAUCUGUAUCAGUUGCACUUCUUCUUUUUUGUGGGUGUUAGGGAGCAAUCGCAGCUCGCUGAUUAAACUGUGAGAGCAAUGCUUGAGACACUUUGAUUCUCGCAUCAUGUGUGUGAGCGUGUCCACAAGCUAAAUUGUGAUAGUGCAAGUGGCCCAGUCAGUAUUCACCAUGGAAAAGACACAAGACUGGAGAUUCCCCAGUCGUGUCUCCUCUUACUGCCUCAUUUUGAAAAUCUUUUGAUAUCAGUGGCUUUUACUCCCCGCGAGCAUUGAAGCCGCCCCUUUUAAAUAUUUUAAAACGCACAACAUGUCUUCGACCGCCUGUGCUGCUCGCACUUGGGUUGAUCUCGCUUGUUGUAUACUUCACCGUCCUCGGAGCUGCAAGCAUGUUUAUGCUGUUUGUGGAUUUCCUCUAUCUUCCAUCCUCGUGUUCUGCUGCUGGAUGCAGAUACUAACCAAACCACCACUCUCUGCAUUUAGUUGUCAAUGCGUCCUCGGUACAGUUUAUUGUUACACUUUAUGCUCUUUUUAACGUGAAAGCAGUAUACAAAAGACAAACGAUGCUGACCUGCACAGCGUGUCAGUCUUCGUAGGUCCACACGAGUACUCAAACUGCAUCAGGUUGCUCUCGCUGUGAAGAAGAUAACUUUAUCUUACUGAAUGUGAAUCUUGUUGACAAAUCUAUAAAUGACUAAUAUUAAUUAGACAUGCAUAUUCCUUUAUUUCUGUGAUAACAUUAUUGAAAGCAGGGUAAGCCGAACAAUUCACUCAUCCGCUGACCACCGCUAACACCAGCAGAAUCCAUUGAUUCGGUUUAUUGUGUGCCAUACAUGGGUCCUACUACUCCUACACCAGAGACACAACAACAUACUCUAAAUCCACGAUGAGCGCAUUGCUUGUGGUCAGCAUAUAUGUUCUAAUCAUCAUUUUGAUUAUUGGGGUUUUGUGGCCUUAUAUUUAGUGAAAACUUGACUUGGUUUUAACCUUGUUACUGAAUUAUUGUAUAGCUUUGUUUGUUAAUGCUGUCAAAAAAUAUCUUUUGCACCACAGUUAAAGAUCAUAUAUUAAAAUGUUUGUCUUUUUUCCUGGCGGUACUAUAUUCAUAUUUGCUGUUAGAUUUAUUCGAUUUUCUUUUUGGUUUAAAGACAAAUUGAUGUAGACAGUGUCUUUGAAUCAAUGAUAAAAAUGUACCGUUAAAGUUAAACAAAUAGAUAGAUAAAAUGCUGAUGACUUUGUGUUACUCCUGGCUUUGAAGUAAAAUAUAUUAAAUUCAUGUGCACAAGUGAAUGAAAGGAUGGAGAAGAUCUUGCUGUGACAAACUGUCACCAGAGGAGAGCAGCGUUUAGCCACAGUGUUGUUGUGGUUUCUACAUUUUAUAAAUCAAAGUGGUGUCUAAUUUAUCUGUUUUGCUCUUUGUUAAGGAACACAAAAAAACGCUCAACAUUUUUUUUUAUCGUUAGGAGGUGGGUCUGUGAAUCUCCAACCCACGAGGAAGGAAAUUUACAAGUUAAAAAGAAAAUGCCAGUUUUUUUUUAAAUGGUUGUGUCCUUAAAAUGGGCGUUUUUGUCCAAGAAGAAUAACAAUUAGUACAUAACAAAUUUACACACCAGAAUGUAUUCUGGUCAGUGGGGACUCCUGUUGGAGAAAACAUUUAAGACCAACAGAAAAGCAGCUUUUCAAAAGUAACAUGACUUUUGAAUUAAACAAUUGCAAACAUAUAAUGCAUUUCACAAAAUGUUCUGGUCUGCAUGAAAGCUAUUUGCAAUAAUCGCCCCAGUAUUUCUGAAUUCUUGGACGUUUUUAUCAUUAAGCGAAGUUUCUUUCAGUUAUUCUCUAUCAGUCUGCUGAAAACAUGUUUACUCUAUGUAGAAAAGCCCCUUUGUUUCAGUUGACUGAGUGGUUCCUGCAUACCUGCUGCUGCUGGUAAUUUGUUGGACAUCACAAGGAACACGUUUAUUGUAACAACACAUUUCUGACUGAUGCACAACCCUCCACUCUGUGUGUGUGCCUGUUUGUCUUUUCUUUUAUUGAGAAUUAAAGUGCAGAGAGUAGAGACUAAUAUUUUCCUUCCGCAACCACUUGUGAUGUUACGAUCUUAUCGUGUGUCCUUCUGGUCCUCAGCAGGGCGUUUCUGAAAAAAGAAAUACUUUGAGAAAGACUUCCUGGUAGGAGUCAAAUAUUAACUAUUUGUUUUAAAGCUCUUUGUGAAUUUCUAAUAAGUGACUGGAAAAGAAGUGUAUGACCUUCAGGUGAACAAGAAACAUUUUCUCAGUGUAUGUACAACUCUAUGGAAUUAAACCUAUAUAGAUGAAAAA